AUGCUGUGUCAAGUUACGGAAAGAACUGCACAUGCUCCACCAAGCAAAGAACUGCACAUGCGCCACCAAGCAAAGAACUGCACAUGCGCCACCAAGCAAAGAACUGCACAUGCGCCACCAAGCAAAGAACUGCACAUGGUCCACGAAGCAAAGAACUGCACAUGCGCCACCAAGCAAAGAACUGCACAUGCGCCACCAAGCAAAGAACUGCACAUGGUCCACGAAGCAAAGAACUGCACAUGCGCCACCAAGCAAAGAACUGCACAUGCGCCACCAAGCAAAGAACUGCACAUGCGCCACCAAGCAAAGAACUGCACAUGGUCCACGAAGCAAAGAACUGCACAUGCGCCACCAAGCAAAGAACUGCACAUGGUCCACGAAGCAAAGAACUGCACAUGCGCCACCAAGCAAAGAACUGCACAUGCGCCACCAAGCAAAGAACUGCACAUGGUCCACGAAGCAAAGAACUGCACAUGCUCCACCAAGCAAAGAACUGCACAUGCUCCACCGAGCAAAGAACACAAAGCAGCUCCUCGCGGUUCACCGGGUGUACCUGUGUGUUUCUGUAUUUCAGUUCAGUGUUCCGGAUACGGUGGCCGGUCCAUGGUUGCCGCCGCUUUAACACAAUCAUGA